AUGUUUCCCCGCUGUAAAAACUGCUACAGUGUCAUGAAUAAUACUAAAAUACCAUCAUCAGUAAAAAAUUCCGAUUAUGUUUGGGAUCAGUUAUCCCUGAAAAUUGCGACCGCAACUCUACAGACUGUUACGAAUAUCAUAUCGGCCUACCAAGCGAAUUUCCAGAAACAGCAUGCCCAGGCUCAAGUCAUGGCAAAUAUGCAGAAACAAGGUCAAUCUCUAGUGAAUCUCCAGAGGCAUCAGGGUCAGACAAGCGUUCCGAAACAGGAGGAAAAACAGCCAACCCUUAUCCAGACCCAAGCUAAUGCUCAAAAGCCACAGCAACAGGUGCAGCAAACUCAGCAGCAACAGCGUGUUACGACUUUCCCGGAAAACGUUCGCUUCACUACCCAAGUCCCCUCAAUCAUCAUUAAUCGAACCCCUCAGCAACAUCUACAAGCUGCACAUACUGCUCAAAUAAAUUCACCAACGGCAGGUCAACAGGCCAGUAUCAGCGUGAGUAACAACACACGUAUUGCUCAUUCCACUGCUGUGCUAUCUACGCCUCAACGAGGUGCUUGGGGGAACCAAGUUUCCCAAUCACCGAGUAGCACCACCUCUCAAUUGACCAAUUCUCUGCCGACAGCUCAAAUUAUUCGACCUCAGUCUACCCAACAGAGGACAUUGCCUCAACAGCAGCAGCAGCAAAUACAAACUCAUAGUCAACAGUCAUCGCCUCAAGUGCAAUUUCAACAAUUUCAGCAACAGCAGCAGUUUCGCGCAGCUGUUGCGGGCAUGGUGUCUAGGAAUCCGCUCGAUUACAUAUCUUGGACGAGGCAGUUUAGUACCUCUCAAGGAUUUGAUUCGGUUGCAUCAGUGAAUCCACUUGGGUUAGCCUUUGCCUAG